AUGAACGACACAGAUCCCUCGAAUACAACGCUCUCGGAGUUGGCACUAUUUCAAUUGAGACCAAAUUUUAGGCACAAAUUUAAAUCAUCGGAAGUGAAAGAAAUUAUUAAGGAAGUGGUAACAAAUCGAUUAAAAGGAAAGGACUAUCAAAUGGAACAAGUACAACAAUGGAUAAAAGAUAUUUGCAACGAAAUACGAGACAAGUGUAUGGAACUUAAAUAUGAUCGAUAUAAAUUUAUAGUCAACGUCAUGAUAGGAGAACAACGAGGAGAAGGAGUCAAAAUGGGCUGUCGUUGUUUUUGGGAUGAAGAUUGUGACUCGUAUGCCACACAUACCUUUAUGAAUCACUCAUUAUUCUGCAGUGUCACCACCUUUGGUGUGUAUAAUUACUAA